AUGCAAAUCAGAAACAUUAUUGCCUCCGCUAUCGCUUCCAGCUGCGUUGUCUCCGCCGAGGAGGUCAACUCUUCGUCGUGGACCACUCUCACUCCAUCCAAGACCUACCAGGGUGGUGCUACUGACUACGCUGACAGCUUUGGUAUUGCCGUAAAGCCAGUGUCUGGAACUUCCGUGACCGCCUCUGCUGCUAGCGCCACUGGCAAGAGCAAGAGAGACGCUGUUUCCCAGAUCGGCGAUGGCCAGAUCCAGGGCACCACCUCUACUGCUCUGCCUGUGUCCACCGUGAGCACUCCAGAGCCAGAGAGCACUGCGGCUGCCUCCCAGGUGUCUGACGGUCAAAUCCAGGCCACCACCUCCACUGCCAGCAAGGAGACCACUACUUUGUCUUCCGCUUCUGCUUCCGCUUCCUCCGAUGUCGACGACGACAUCAAGGUUGUCUCCUGCAAAGUCAACGGUACUCUAGAGAUGACUCUGUCGAACAGCAUCCUGAAGGACGGUAAGGGCAGAAUCGGUGCGAUUGUUGCCAACAGACAGUUCCAGUUCGAUGGUCCUCCACCACAAGCAGGCUCCAUCUACGCUGCUGGCUGGUCUAUCACUACUGAUGGAAACCUGGCUAUUGGUGAGACCGAGGUCUUCUACCAAUGUCUAUCAGGCACCUUCUACAACUUGUACGACGAGUCUAUUGGUGCCCAGUGUUCCCCAGUUCACUUGGAGGUGGUCAAGUUGAUUGACUGCUGA